CAUAUGUCAUAUUUUAAAGAUAAUUAUUACAUGCCAAACGGUUUUACUGCAUUUAUACACAUCAUAUUUGCUUAUUAGAUUAAAUGAUCCAAAAAUAAUUUUGCCCUCACUUUAAUUUUCUAUUUCUAAAGUAUCUUGCAUCAAUCUGGUCGUUGUUUGGAGGCUGCCACAUUGUUUGGCUUUUAUUGUGAAAAUAUUGACCGGACGUGUGUUUUUGGGUGUAUUCAGAGAGGGAGGGUGCCCCAAGUCUAGUCUAUAAAAAAGGAUGAUUUUCACCCAAAACAUGCUCCCGACCAGCUGCAGCUGUGCGUCAUGUCGUGCUGUGAGGACUUGGCCCGCGGCAGCAUCCUGUUCAGCAUCCUGAACAGAAGCGCUCACAGCCCGCAGAGACUCCUGCACACGCCCGCUGACCACCGGCUCUGCUCCUGCGCGUCCAAGAGCAAACUGGUGGCGAUUCGGGCUCCGGAACUAGUUUUCAAAGCUGCCUCGGAGGUGCUGCUGAAAACUUUCAAGUUCGUGAAAAACGUACCGUGUUUCCGGGGUUUGCCGGCGGAGGACCAGCUGCGGCUGGUGCGCAACAGCUGGGCGCCGCUGCUGCUUUUGGGCAUGGUGCAGGACUCCGUGGACUUCGAGACGGUGGAGACGCUGCAGCCGAGUCUCUUGCACUGGAUUUUAACGCACAAAGAGAUUCAGGACCCAGGGGUGCGAGUCAGUGAUGCGGAGGGGAUCAAAAUGUUUCUGGUCAGGUGCAGAGGGCUGAGGAUCAGCGUCAGAGAAUACGCCUUUCUGAAGGGAGCCAUACUGUUCACCCCGGAAGUGACGCAGCUGGAGUGUCGCGCCUACAUCCAGGCGCUCCAGACAGAGGCUGAGCGCGCGCUUUACGAGCACGUGAGGACGGUGCACCGGGGGAACGCGGGCCGGUUCGGCAGGCUGCGUGCGGUCCUGGACGCGCUGCGGUGCAUGGACCCGGACGCGGUGGCGGGACUCUUCUUCAGACCCGGGACCGGCAGCAUAGAGGAACACGUGCUCGCUCUGUUUUAUGAGAGCUUCAGUAAACACAGCGAGGAUCUACCUGACUCCUCCUCAUGAAUAUCAUCAGGAGGUGAAGCUGAGCCGCUCCUCUCCCUCCUCCUGCUGCUCCCAGGUGUCGGAGGAGGCUGGAACCUGGGAAAUACCAGCUUGAAUUAAAUGAUACUGCAGAUUAUCCCUCCGGAGGCGACGGGACUCUGAGUGUUCAUAAUGUGAAUUAACAUUUCUUGCUGACUCACCUCCCAUGAUGCACACUUAUUUCCCAUCUUUGUAUUAACCUGAAGAUGUGCAUGUAAUAAUGAUACUGGGCUGAAAACCACACUGUUUGACUGACCAAAGCCAGUUUGAAAAUGUGUGCUAAUCAUUGUACAAAGUGUCUUAAUAGCUUCUUUUUUCAGGCUCAACUAACAUCUGUCACUAUCACUUUAGCUGUCAAUUAAGUUUCUCAGAGC